CAGCGUAUUCCUUCAAUAAGUCGACAUCUCCCCGCCGUUCACUCCCGUCGACCGGGUCCUCCUCCGUCAUCCACCCCUUGGCUUGUUUUCAGCUUACUAGGAUAUCAGCUGCCCUUUUUCUGGCGUGAUGUCUCAAAGAUCGAAUUCUCCUCCAUCUCCAACCAAGCCUCGCCGGCGACGCUCGUCUUUCACCGAGCUUUUCCAGAAGCAGGGCAACGUUGCUUCCCCAACUACCGGCUCGCAUCCUCGACCCAUCUACACCCCUAGCAGCGCCCGAACCCAGCAACAGCGGAGGAUGUCCCUUAAUACAUUGGGCCUUUCUGGUUCCCCCACCCAGAUGUCUCCAUUUGCAGCAGCUUCCAUGCGCCGUGGUAGCGUCUCAAGCUCUGUGAUGUCGACUUCACCGACAAUGGACCAAGCCGUCGUCGAGGAAGCCGAAGAGGAGACCCCAACGACGGCCCCUGCAACUCCUUUUGCUCGCCGCGUCUCGUUUGGAGCACCGGCAUUGCGUGGGAGCGGAAAUGCAGAAGGUUUCAAUUGGCCCGAGUCUCUCAGGGUAAAGGCGGAGCGCGCACCCUCACUUGGGAAUUUUCCUCCUACGUCCCCGACCCUACCGCAUGCGGGUAUGAUUCACCAACGUUCGGCUUCAAUUGCAGCCAUGGAGGCACCACCGCCCGAGCGUGCGGAGCUGCCAAAACAGUCCCAGCAUAAGUCGAGACCGAAGCCGGACUACUUCCAAGAGAAGAUCUUACGAGCCGACUUCAUGGACUAAAGGUUCAGGGCUAUUUUUCUUUCCCUCUCCUCCCCCUACCUACAAAUUAUUCAAUACGCUUGCAAGUGCUUGUAUUUCACGGGCUUGGAAUUUCCAAGGGAUUGGGGAUUCGAAGCAUUGUGGGUUAUGGAAAGUUCAUAUUCUGGCAGUCUCCUUUCUGAUGAAUGAAGCUGCAAUUUUAUAAGUGGAUGGUCCCGCUUUGAUGACAUCACUUAGUUGUAAAGGUUGUGGGUUCAAAGCAUGGAUGUUGUGUUAUGAUGCAUGUUUCUCUUGAUUUUGCUAUGGUCCCGGGAUGAAUGUCAGGAAACAGAUAUUUUGCAUUUACUCAUCCAUACAUGGUAUGUCUGUGACCUGCUGGGAGUUGGGGACGUUGAUUUCUCUCCCCUUUUCUUUUUUUUUCUUUUCUUUUUUUGUUUCACUUCUGUUAUUGUCUCACACAUACUUAUCCUACAUGACCUAACAAGUCCCCAUUCCUUUCUGCUCUGGACGAGCAAGUAUUGGAUAGCCUCUGAAAUGCGCGGGCCCACUCUUCACACCACUGAGGGCUCUUUUCUUCUUUAAGCCAUUUUCUUGCAUAUCUGUUUCUCCGGGCUGCAAAGGCACGUAUCAGUUCCUGUGAGUUUAUUCAUUUCGCUCCUCCUUUGAAUAUCAAAUGGACCCUGUAGCUAGUUAUAUAGUCUUUGCCGAUGUUCCAUACAAGAAUACCCUUGAA